CUCAGCACUAUCGACCUCAAGCUCAAGACUUGCCUCGACGUCGUUACCGCCGCUGACGACAAGGCCUAGCACCACGUUCUGAAGGUACUGAAAUACUGCUUGGACGUGCUGUUGCCCCACUUCUGACAUUUUCUCUGUUUUUUCCCCCCCGAUCAGCAUGAAGAUCAACAUUGCCAACCCCGCUACUGGGGAACAAAAGACCAUCGACUACGAUGAUGAGAAGAAAUACCGUAUCUUCUACGACAAGAAGAUCGCACAAGAGGUCCCGGCCGACUCUCUUGGUGAUGAGUUCAAGGGCUACAUCUUCCGCAUUACCGGCGGUAACGACAAGCAGGGUUUCCCCAUGAAGCAAGGUGUCCUCGUCCCCCACCGUGUCCGCCUGCUUCUCUCCGACGGCCACUCAUGCUACCGUGCCCGCCGCACUGGUGAGCGCAAGCGCAAGUCCGUUCGUGGUUGCAUCAUCGGCCCCGACAUCGCUGUGCUUUCUGUCGUCAUCAUUAAGCAGGGCGAGAACGAUAUCCCCGGUCUCACCGACACUAUCCUCCCCAAGCGUCUCGGUCCCAAGAGGGCUACCAAGAUCCGCAGGUUCUUCAACUUGUCUAAGGAGGACGAUGUCAGGAAAUACGUCGUUCGUCGGGAGGUGAAGAGCGCUAAGAAGGAGAAUGCUAAGCCUUACACCAAGGCUCCCAAAAUUCAACGCUUGGUCACUCCCGUCCGUUUGCAGCGUCGUCGUCACUUGCGUUCGCUCAAGCGCCGUCGGAUCGAACGCCAGAAGGAGCAGAAGGUGGAGUUCGAGACCCUCCUCCAGAAGCGCGUUGCCGAGAAGAAGGAGAAGGUUGCGGCCAUCAGGGCAUCACACAAGAAGACCGCAUAAAACACCUUUCUGUUGGCUGUACUCGACCCUUAUGUGGCUGCUUUGUAUGGUGGUUCUAUAGUCAUGUCCUUUUACCCUCAUCUACGUUUUCCUUGCAAUGCUAUACAGUGACUAUGCGACUUGGUGCGUCUCAGUUCGUGGUGGGAUGAGGUAUGAGUCUGGGCAUAUAGCAGUGUUCCUUUCUCGUCGUCGCAGUGUACUCGAAUCCAUGUCGUCUGACAACGGGGAUACACUACUUUAGAUAUUAUCAUGUCCUUCUUUC